AAAAAGCAGCGAUGUAGACUUGAUGGCAAAGAAACAGAUGGAUCUAAACUCAUUACCUCCAAUGGAAGUGACUUCAGUGACCCAGUGUACAAAGAGAUUGCAAUGACAAAUGGUUGCAUUAAUAGAAUGAGUAAAGAGGAACUCAGAGCCAAACUUUCCGAAUUUAAGCUUGAAACAAGAGGGGUCAAGGAUGUCCUAAAGAAGAGAUUGAAAAACUACUACAAGAAGCAGAAGUUGAUGUUGAAAGAAAGCAGUUGUGUGGACAGUUACUAUGACUAUAUUUGUAUUAUUGACUUUGAAGCUACUUGUGAAGAGGGAAACCCAGCUGAAUUUAUUCAUGAAAUCAUUGAGUUUCCUGUUGUUCUGUUGAAUACGCACACCUUAGAAAUAGAAGACACGUUUCAGCAGUAUGUGAGGCCAGAGGUUAACUCGCAGCUGUCAGAUUUCUGCGUCAGUCUUACUGGAAUUACUCAGGAUCAGGUAGACAGAGCCGAUGCUUUCCCUCAGGUCCUGAGAAAGGUAAUUGAGUGGAUGAAGUCAAAGGAAUUAGGAACUAAGUACAAAUACUGCAUAUUAACAGAUGGCUCCUGGGAUAUGAGUAAGUUCUUGAACAUCCAGUGCCAGCUCAGCAGGCUCAAAUACCCCCCUUUUGCUAAAAAGUGGAUCAAUAUUCGAAAGUCAUACGGAAACUUUUAUAAGGUUCCUAGAAGCCAAACCAAAUUGACAAUAAUGCUGGAAAAAUUAGGAAUGGAUUAUGAUGGGCGGCCUCACAGUGGUCUUGAUGACUCUAAGAAUAUUGCUAGAAUAGCAGUUCGUAUGCUUCAGGAUGGAUGUGAACUUCGAAUCAAUGAAAAAAUACAUGGAGGACAGUUGAUGAGUGUGUCAUCUUCCUUUCCAGUAGAGGGCGCUCCAGCUCCACAAAUGCCACACACUAGGAAAUAGCUGCUUUUUAGUCUGGAUCGAUUGCUACAAAGAAGUAGCAGAUGAACUGACCUGAACUAGUCAACCAUCAAGCACCUUAAACGUUUAAAAUCUUACUACAGUUACAGAUAGAUGGGUAUGUAUGCAAACAUUUUGUGGGAGGACACACUGAGUUCUUUGUCACCAGCACUUUUGAUAUGAGCAGUAUUUGUUAAAACAGUAGCCAUUCCUGCUUAGAACCGAGUUUUAUAAUAAUGUGUCUGAGAUGUGUCCCUUUGGUUUUAAAAUGCAAAAGUUUUACUGGUCCAUUCCUUGAAGGUCAUGUCUUACUGAUGUUGAAAUUUGACAUGAAUUUCUACAUUAACACCAUUAAAUUAAAUAUAUUUUUAGAAGUGUUGAAAGGAUUGAAAAGCAGUGUUUAUGUUCCCCUUGAUUUCAUGUACUACAUAGUUUUUUAAUUUUUGAAGUUUGCAGGCGAAGUUCAACUGCAGUUCUCCUCUUGGUAUCAUUGAGGGAUUUGUUCCAGGAAUGCCACAUGGGUAUCUUGAUUUUACAGGUGUUCACAUUCUAUACUUCAAGUAGCAUAAUGUUUGUAUAUAACCUAUACAUAUUCUCCCCUAUAUUCUAAUAAUCUUUAGAUAGCUUAUACUUAAUAAAAUAUAAAGAAGUGGUUGUAUUGCUUAGAAACUAAUGACAAGAAUAAAAGUCUACAAGUUGGUGCAGACACAACUAUAGUAGGCCUCACCAUAGAGCACAUGAAGAGAUUAGGUUGCUCAGCCAGCACCAGCUAGAAACAAAUCAAGCGUCUGAGGUGGUGGAGGCGACAGCAGUUGCCCUGUGCACCACACAUUCUGGUCCAUUUCGCUUAUUGCUUGCUGGGCAGCAAAUUAAGGUAUUGCUUUCUGGAACAUUGUCUGCAUGUAUUCAGGACAGGUAGUUGCUUCUAAAGGUGUCUACCACUACGCUUGACAACCUGAGUUUGAUCCUCAGGACCCACUAUAGGAUGUCCUCAGACCCUCUGCUUGCACACUGUUGGAAUUGAGCCCACACAUAGACAUACAUGUAAAAAAGUACUGGGACACAUCUGCCACUUUCAUCUCAUAACUGGAAACCAUGUAAUAGAUUACAGGGUCUAGUUAAAAAUCUAGUAAUUGAGAUUAAUAAGAAGGUAGAAGAACCAGCCUGGUGCCAUACACAUGUAAUUCCAAUACUCAGGAGUUAAGGUGCAGAUGAAUCUGAGACUACCCUGGAUCACCCAAGAGAACCCAACUCCAAAAUAAUAAGUGAAAUUAUGAGCUAUAACAUCCAAACCAAUGGGAGCUUUUAGACAUUUGUUCAUUAGCUUCUCUCUCCAUUGUGAAUGUAUAUUUGCCCACUUUGAGAUUGACUUACAGCUCAUAAUGAACAUUGACAUUUGUGUUCAGUACUGUGGGGUUAAAUGCUUUGUGCCGUAGUUAGUAAAAGUACCCGGUGUGUCUUAGUGACCAGUUAUAUUGGAAAAUAAUUCCUGUUUCUAAAAUCAAAAUGUGCUUUGGAGAUAAUGAUGCAAAACUCUGCCUAGAAGGUGAAAGUGUGGACUUUUAGCAUUAAAACCUUCUCAAGCUUUUUUCAUGGACCAGUUUCACUGACAUCAAUUGUUUUUUAUCUUUAACUUUUUUGGUUUUUCAAGACAGGAUUUCUCUGUGUAGCUUUGGAGCCUAUCCUGGCACUCGCUCUGGAGACCAGGCUGGCCUCCAACUCACAGAGAUCCGCCUGCCUCAGCCUCCCAAGUGCUACGAUUAAAGGCACGUGCCACCAACACCUGGCUAUCUUUAACUUUUAAUAGUAACUGUGAUGCUACAUUAUUUCUGUAGUUGAUACAAUCAGGUAGAUUUUGUCAUGUUUUCCAACCAGUAGACAUGCUUGGUGGCAUGAGAAUCCACUACAUAGACUUGUCGGUUUAUUGAGCUAGUGGAAGGAGAGGAAUGGAAAAUAGCACAUCAUUGUGAGUGACAGGUGCAGGCCUGCUAGGCUUACUCUUCCUUCAGGUAAUUUUCCCACGUAAGCCAUGUUGACAAAGGGCAGGUUCGUGCCCUAGAAAAACAAUUGCUUGUCACCUGAUUGCAUAGUUGCUACUGAAUAGCUGAAACUACAGUUGGAAAUUUGGAGAAUAGCAGGAAAUACUAAUGCCUUCCAGGGUUUUGGUUUUUUUUUUUUUUUUUUAAUUUUUGUUUUUUAAAUCAGGCUGUUUAAAUUUCUGACAAGUUAUCCUAUAAUCUCUUUUUUUUUUCUUUUUUAAGAAUUGAAACAAUACAAGUUUUUAGAAUUCUUUUGGCUCUACUAAGUGUUUUGCCAUCUUUGCUCACGUUUGAGUCUCCACCAACCCCCUCUGAUUUUAUUUUGUUUCUGUUGUGAUGGCUUGUCUUUAAGGUGUAGAAUCAGGUAGUUCUUGGGAGGAAAAUGCCGAAAAAUGACUGCCGUUGUAAGUAAAGAUAUUUGUACUGUUUGAUUCUUGUUACUGCUAUAAUGUGCUAUGCUGAUAGUAAUAUUUACUAAUAGUUACCUUUGCUUUCUCCUUAGUCAUCAGUAGCCAUAUUAAUUUCCUGUUACUUGCUUGAAUACAUUGAAAUGUUUUGUUUUGUUUUUCUGUGUCAUUUCCAAAUCCACACCAACCAGUAUAUAUACUCAGCUAUAUUUUGUCUGAUUUUUGUCUUUCAUGUUUGUAUUAAAUACUGACAUUGACUCAAAAUA